AUCCACUUCUUUCUCUAUAAGUACCAAAUCAAAGCUUUACAGAACCUAGAUAUCACGCAUGGCUUCUCCUCAGGACCUGUCCGUCAUCCUCCCCCGUGUCCUGAUCGUCUCCAGGCGCACUGUUCGCAAGAAUAAGUUCGUGGAUUUUGUCGGCGAAUAUCAUCUUGAUCUCAUAGUCGGGUAUGGUGCAGUACCAGUCAUCGUCCCCCGAGUCAGCGGAGUCCACAUGUUACUAGACAGCUUCAAGCCAAUCCACGGCGUUCUUCUCUGUGAAGGAGAAGACAUUGAUCCUUCUCUCUACGAGGCAGACACAACGAAUCUUUCCCCCGAGGAGUUAGAAGAAAUCGGAAGACUCCAUUCCAGCGACACCGCUAUUGACAAAGAAAAAGAUUCUAUUGAGCUCAGACUCGCAAAACUCUGCCUUGAAAGAAACAUACCUUAUUUGGGCAUAUGCAGAGGGUCACAAGUUUUAAACGUUGCAUCCGGGGGAACCCUUUAUCAAGAUAUUGGGAAGGAGCUCUCUGGAAAGUUGAAGGAGAAUCAGAGAGUGAUGCAUAUGGAUUAUGAUAACUACGACGGGCAUAGACACUUGGUGAAGGUGGUAAAGAAUACCCCUUUGGAUAAUUGGUUUAAAGAUUCGUUACAAGAAGAUAAAAUGGAGAUUUUGGUUAAUAGUUAUCAUCAUCAAGGUGUCAAGAAAUUGGCUCAACGUUUUGUUCCGAUGGCAUUUGCCCCUGAUGGUUUGAUUGAAGGGUUUUAUGACCCAGAUGCUUAUAAUCCCCAAGAGGGUAAGUUUAUAAUGGGUCUGCAAUUUCACCCGGAAAGAAUGAGACGACCCGACUCUGAUGAAUUUGAUUAUCCCGGCUGCCCGGCUGCUUACAAGGAAUUUGUAAAGGCGGUGCUUGCUUAUCAGAAGAAGCUGAACAGUUCAACAUCUGUUCCGAAGUCUCUGAAACUGAACAGAGAUAUGGAGAAGAAAAGAAAAGUUAUAGUUCGAAGUUUCUCACUCGCAAAAGACAUGUACAUCACCGGCUGCAACAUGAACCCGUCGGACCUCCAAGCCGGAGCAGAAUUUCUCGAGUCGAAUACAGCA